AUGGCAGUCAAACUCGAACGAUUUCUGAACACGACUGGGUUCUUCUUCUUCGCGCUCAUCCUCUUCUGUCUGAUCCUCCUUACCCCCGCAGAUGCCAUCUACCAAUGUUACGAGACAAACCGACUUACCAACAUCUUCUUCAUCACUGGCGCAUACGUAAUUACCUUUUUUCUUGCAGUCCUCAUCUAUGCGACGCGCAUCUACACGAAUCGCAACACACUCACGUCAAUCCCGAAAGCCUGGAUACCCGUGGAGAAGGAAGACGUGAAUAGGAGCGUCAGACGACUGGUCAAAGAAGGCCUCGCCCGUAGCGCGGUGAUCGCGUAUCAGGCACAUCCUCGUGAUGUCACAGCCGACGAAGACAAUUUUCAAAAACACAAAGAGCUUCUGAUUAAUUUUGAACGGCCCCCGUGGGGCAAUGUCGAGCACCCCGGCUGGUCGUCACCUGCCUCACCAGACCUGCCGGAUCUACCAUAUCGUACGGUUAUUCAGGAAUUACCUAGCUUGAUUGAAGCGAAGGCUGUCUCUCUUGCUCCCUCCGAUACAUUUUCACCUGUGGCCCAUGACCCCUUCGGUCCAUCGGGCGAUCUUACGACGCACUCUCUUCCAGAUACGCGUGUGGUGGAGGUGCUGCAACGUCCCGCCUCCAUGGGACUGAGGGAGUAUAUUCGCUACCUCACUUCCCUGGGAGCUAUUUAUCCCCCCGAACUUGGUGCGGAAUUUCUCGCGCUGUACGAACAUGCGCGAUUCUCACCGCGGGAUCUGCAUGAAGCGGAAUUUCGCGAUCUGAUGCAUCUGUUUGCUGAGAUCCUGCGAGGCAUGACUACUAUUGCACCGCCGAUUUUGGACGAGAUAUAUGACAGCGUCAGUUACCGACAAGCCUACACUGACUCUGUCAUCGGACCCUCAGAUGAAGAGGGCGAAACAGAUACUGUCGACAAUUCUGAGUACGACCGGUCUUCAGGUCCAAUGCGCAGCAACAGCCUCCGCCCAUCCAAUGCGUCCACAUGGGAGACCCAGUCUGGGUAUGACACUGCACCCGCAACGCUAAGUCCUGCCUCUGGGAUGUCAAUCCAAGGUGGUUACAUGGGACAAGGGCCUUUUCGCACACCUUCCACGAGGUCCCUCCGACGGGUACAAUCGGGUCAGUCUGGCAGCUCGGCGGGUAGUGUUAUUCGCCUAACACAGCCGCGGAACCCUACAGACCUACCAUAUACCAUUGACUACGCUGGACGUAGGCAGUGA